GGCAGCCGGCGCCUGCUCGCCGCCGCCUUCCGCCGCCCCGCCGUUACCCCGGCAACGCCGCCGCCGUGGGAGCGCGGAGUGCGGGCCCGGCCGCAAGAUGAUGCUCUCCCGGGCCAAGCCGGCCGUGGGGGGUACCCCGCCACCGGGAGACAAACGAAGAAAGAAAGGGAAGGAGGUGCCGCAGCUGGAAGAACUCCUGGCCCAGAGGGACUUUACCGGCGCGAUCGCCUUGCUGGAGUUUAAACAGCAAGUGGGCGAACAGGAGGAGGAUGCCAGCCUUUGGAUUGGAUACUGCGCAUUUCAUUUGGGUGACUACAAGAGAGCUCUGGAGGAAUAUGAAGCCUUAACCAAACAACCAACUUGCAAUCCAGAUGUUUGGGUGAACCUUGCCUGUACGUACUUCUUUCUGGGGAUGUACACGCAAGCAGAACAAGCAGCUUUGAAAGCACCGAAGAGUAGUCUCCAGAACCGUCUGCUCUUUCACUUGGCACAUAAGUUCAAUGAUGAAAAGAAACUGAUGAGCUCUCACCAGAAUCUGCAAGAUGUUACAGAAGAUCAGCUUAGCUUGGCAUCUAUCCACUACCUGCGGGCCCACUACCAAGAGGCAAUUGAUAUCUACAGGCGCAUUCUACUGAAGAAUCGGGAAUACCUGGCUCUGAAUGUAUAUGUUGCCCUAUGCUAUUACAAACUGGAUUACUAUGAUAUAUCACAGGAAGUGCUAGCUGUUUAUCUUCAGCAAGUUCCUGACAGCACCAUUGCUCUUAACCUUAAGGCUUGUAACCAUUUCCGACUUUACAAUGGGAAGGCUGCUGAGGCAGAGCUCAAGAACUUGACUGACAAUGCCUCAUCAUCUUUUGAGUUUGGCAAGGAGCUCAUUAAGCACAAUCUGGUGGUUUUCCGAGGAGGAGAAGGGGCUUUGCAGGUCCUGCCUCCUCUGGUUGAUGUUAUUCCCGAGGCAAGACUGAAUCUUGUGAUUUACUAUCUCCGGCAAGAUGAUGUGCAGGAGGCUUAUAACCUGAUAAAGGACCUGGAACCUUCAGCUCCACAGGAGUACAUCCUCAAAGGAGUCGUAAAUGCAGCACUUGGACAAGAAGUUGGCUCAAGAGAUCAUCUGAAAAUUGCUCAGAAAUUCUUCCAGUUGGUCGGGGAAUCAGCCAGCGAAUGUGAUACCAUUCCAGGGAGACAGUGCAUGUCCUCCUGCUUCUUUCUUCUUAGACAGUUUCCUAAUGUCCUAAUUUACCUCAACUCAAUCAAGAGUUACUUCUACAACAAUGACACUUUUAACUUCAACUAUGCCCAAGCCAAAGCUGCAACUGGCAAUUUUAAAGAGGCUGAAGAGGUGUUCCUUUUGAUCCAGAGUGAGAAGAUAAAGAGUGAUUUUGUUUACCUUAGAUGGCUAGCUCGCUGCUAUAUUAUGAAUAAGAAACCACAGUUGGCCUGGAAGCUCUAUCUGAAGAUGGAAACCUCAGGGGACUCCUUUAACCUAUUGCAGCUCAUUGCAAAUGAUUGCUACAAAAUGGGUCAGUUUUACUAUUCAGCCAAAGCGUUUGAUGUUUUGGAGAGACUGGACAAUAAUCCUGAAUACUGGGAAGGCAAGAGAGGUGCUUGUGUGGGUGUAUUUCAAAUGAUUUUAGCUGGCCGAGAAGCGAAAGAGACUCUGCGGGAAGUACUGCAUCUUCUGAAGAGCACUGGUAAUUCUCAAGUAGAAUACAUUGUCCGCAUCAUGAAAAAGUGGGCCAAGGAGAACAGAGUUCCAGUUUAAGUCAGUACCACAAAAUAAACUGGGUCAGUUGCUACUGUAUGUCUGGCUGCAAGAUGUGGGUUUUGGUUUCUCCUAUGCAUUCUGACUAUCUCCUUCCUUGAAGGACUUUAGGCAUUCAAGCAGGUUGAUCCAGCUGAGGAAGAGUGUCCUGCAGUGAGAUUGCAAAACAUUCAGCAAGUUGGUUCUUUUUUUAAUUAAAACUUUUUAUAUCUUGCACCCCCUCUAUUCUUCAAUGUUUCUUUUUUUCAGUAGUAAUUACAACUGUGCACAAGUAAAGUGCUCCUCAAAUGUUCCCCAGAUUUCUCCCCAAAAGUUACUGAACUGCUUUGUGGGGUUUUUUUCCAUCAAGCCUUCUGUCCUUGGGAGAAGAAUUAUUUAUUACCUGACUGAGACAAACCUGCUUCAGGAAGUGAUAGAAUACAGUAAAUAGAGAUGGUAAUGGUGAUAAUCAAAAGCCUACUAUGGCUACUAGGGUAUCAGAUAAUACAGAAGACUUAUCAUAGAAUCAUACAAUCAUAGAAUGGCUUGGAUUAAAAGGGACCUUAAAGAUCAUCCAGUUCCAACCCACCUGCCAUAGGCAAGGACACCUUCCAUUAGACCAGGUUGCUCAGAGCUCCAUCCAGCCUGUCCUUAAACACUUCCAGGGUUGAGGCAACUUCUCUAGGUGACUUGUUCCAGUGCCUCACCGCCCUCACAGUAAAGAAUUUCUUCCUAAUAUCUAAGGUAAACCUUCUCUCUUUGAAGCCAUUUCCCCUAGUUCUGUCACUUCAUGUCUUUCUCCAUUUUUCUUGUAGGACUUCUAUAUAUUACCUCUCUGGGCUAAAAUACAAAUCAUAUUCUGAGCAUUAGCCUUUUCUGGAUAAAUUUCAAUAACUAAUACCUUAAUUUCUUUUUUGUUGUUGUUUUUGUCCGUAAGGAUUGUUUUCUCUCCUAUCAUCUUUUUCAAAGCAUGGAGGUUUAUUGGUCUGUAUUGUUCAAUCUUGUUUUGAAGUUUAGCACUCAAAACAUUCAUGUUAAUAUAGUUCACAUGAGAAAUCUAUUUAGUUUAGCAAUCUGAUGGAUAAAAAUAUGUUCUGAAUUAUUUUCUUCAGCAUUUACCACUAUCAUGAGCAACCAUAUUCAUUAUACUUUUGGAUUUAUUAGACUUUUCUGUUUUUUAAGGAGAACAGCUCAGGGAAUAUGUAAUUCUAAAAGAAGCAACAGUUGUAACAUAAAAAUGUGUUAUAUAUUUGGUAGCUGUGAUGGCUUUGUUCAGCUACCAGAGGACUGAGACUCCAAACAGGUCACUCCUCUUUUGUGUUAACCUCUCCCCACCCCCCUCCAAUAAUGAAGAGACAAUAUGAAGAGAUAUAAAUAAAAAAAUAACAAAUUACUUAAGGAACUAGCAGUCACUGCAAAGAUAUAAAUUAAAA